AUGACUGGACCCAACGCCACUAGCACUUGUUCAUCUGCAGCUAAAAUGGGGAGGCACCGAUCCAAAAGCACCAGUGGCAGUACGUACUGCAACUCGAGCCCGGGUGCUGAAUCUGCCACCCUUAGCACCCCCAACAACGCUGGACGUUCAUCGGGAGAGGAAGAGGAGAAAGAUGGGGGUGUGCUAUUUUACGUGAACAGAACUGGUUUUCCCAUUGAGGGUGUCACUUGGGAGAGGAUGUGGACUCAUGUGGCCAAAGUACACCCUGAUGGACAAGACAUUAGCAAGAUAAGGAAUGCUGCAUACCUUCCUAAAGUAAGUAUAGCCUAAAAGCCAGACAAAUAAGCAUGUAUAUUGUCAUACAAUCCUGGGCAAUUACCAAGUUAUAACCAACAGACAUAUGUUUCAUAUUGCAAUUCAACAGACAUAAUUUGAAAUUCCAUCUAUGCAAAGAAUUCAUCAACCUGUUCACAGGACAAUAGCAGGAUGAGUUGAAGAGUUUAAAGUCGCUCUGGAUAAGAGUGUCUGCUAAAUGAUGUAAAUGUAAAUGUAAAAGAGUUCCUCCUGAAAGUCUUUCUCUUUCCUAAUUAUCCUGUGGAGGAAUGAAUAAUGAAUUUAAGGCUAUUUCAGCCUGCCCCUGGCCUCUAAUAGGACACUCACUAUAUUGUCUCUGCGUAAAUUCAUCAGAGGCCAGACAUAACUGGGACUGAGUGUCACCAAGCGGGGACCAGUGUUGAGAGUGUCUCUCUUGCUGUCACUGGUGGGAGUGGGACUGGGCUGAGAAAGGAGACACUGGAGCAUCACUAAUUGGUACACUGGAAAUUAGUACAUGUGAUGGCAAAUCCCAAAUUCAUAGCACACUGUAGGCUAUAUAAACAGCAGAGCAUAUGACAAUGCACACAGGAAUCUUUGUAUUUGCCCCAGUCUGUGUCCUUUCUUGAUGCUGCCUCUGUAUAAGUUAUUGGAAUUAUGACCAGAGGCUGUUUUAGUGUUUUAUAGUAUCACCAAGGGACAGUGACACUUUCUUUUAUGUUCAGGGUUUCUUAUGAACUACAUUUUGGCAGUCCACAAUAGCAGUAUUUAGCUGAGAAACCUGUAGGCCUGCACAGUGCUGUGGGAUUUCACUCUUGUCAUAUCAUACCAUUGUCCAUCACACUGCCUUAAUAACUGCCUUAAUAAACCAAUAAAAACACUAUCUAUAGACUACGCCUUAGUGAAUAGGGGACUGUAGUUGUAUUACGCAUUGCUACGCCAUACUACACUGAACAAAAAUAUAAACGCAACAUGCAACAAUUUCUAAGAUUUUACUGAGUUACAAUUCAUAUAAGGAAAUCAGUAAAUUCAAAUAAAUUCAUUAGGGCCUAAUCUAUGAAUUUCACAUGAAUGGGAAUACAGAUAUGCAUCUGUUGGUCACAGAUACCUUAAAAAAAGGUAGGGGCGUGGAUCAGAAAACCAGUCAGUAGCUGGUGUGACCACCAUUUGCCUCUUUUUCAGUUAAUCAGACUGUUAAUCAGACUGUUGAUUGUGGCCUGUGGAAUGUUGUCCCACUCCUCUUCAAUGGCUGUGUGAAGUUACUGGAUAUUGGUUGGAACUGGAACACGCUGUCAAAUAUGUCGAUCCAGAGCAUCCCAAAAAUGCUCAAUGGGUGACAUGUCUGGUGAGUAUGCAGGAAAUGGAAGAACUGGGACAUUUUCAGCUUCCAGGAAUUGUGUACAGAUCCUGAGACAGUUUGUGCAGAAAUUCUUCAGUUGUACAAACCCACAGUUUCAUCAGCUGUCCAGGAGGCUGGUCUCAGACGAUCCCGCAGGUGAAGAAGCCGGAUGUGGAGGUCCUGGGCUGGGAAAGUUACACGUGGUCUGCGGUUGUGAGGCCGGUUGGACGUACUGCCAAAUUCUCGAAAACGACAUUGGAGGCUAUGGUAGAGAAAUUAACAUUAAAUUCUCUGGCAACAGCUCUGGUGGACAUUCCUACAGUCAGCAUACCAAUUGCACGCUCGCUCAAAACCUGAGACAUCUGUGGCAUUGUGCUGUGUGACAAAACAGCACAUUUUAGAGUGGCCUUUUAUUGUCUGCAGCACAAGGUGCACCUGUGUAAGGAUCAUGCUGUUUAAUCAGCCUUGAUAUGCCACACCUGUCAGGUGGAUGGAUUAUCUUGGCAAAGGAGAAAUGCUCACUAACAGGGAUGUAAACAAAUUUGUGUACUACAUUUUAGAGAAAUACGUUUUUGUGCGUAUGGAACAUUUCUGGGAUCUUUUAUUUCAGCUCAUGAAACAUGGGACCAACACUUUACAUGUUGCGUUUAUAUAUUUUUCAGUAUAUUAGUCUGUAAUCCAAAACUGUUUUGAGAAACAUAAAUGGCCUAAUAAGUGUGAAAGGAGAGUGGAGUCAUUAAUAUCCCAGAAGUAACAGUGACCUAUAUUGAACCCUGCCUGAGAUCUCCAGGUGCAGGUGUUGGGCUAGCUAACUCAUUAAGGAAAUUACAGCAAGGCAGCUCAGGGACAAUCUCAAAUCCAGGGUCAGCGUCUGGGUGACUGUGUGGAGGAAUGAGCAUUGCAGUGCUGUCUGUGGAGCUCAAGUGUAUUCAUACAGUUGAAGUCGGAAGUUUACAUACACCAUAGCCAAAUACAUUUCAACUCAGUUUUUCACAAUUCUUGACAUUUAAUCCUAGUAAAUUAACACUUUAUUUUAAGAAUGUGAAAUGUCAGAAUAAUAGUAGAGAGAAUGAUUUAUUUCAGCUUUUAUUUAUUUCAUCACAUUCCAGGUGGGUCAGAAGUUUACAUACACUCAAUUAGUAUUUGGUAGCAUUGCCUUUAAAUUGUUUAACUUGGGUCAAAUUUUUGGUAGCCUUCGACAAGCUUCCCACAAUAAGUUGGGUGAAUUUUGGCCCAUUCCUCCUGACAGAGCUGGUGUAAUUGAGUCAGGUUUGUAGGCCUCCUUGCUCGCACACGCUUUUUCAGUUCUGCCCAUAAAUUGUCUAUAGGAUUGAGGUCAGGGCUUUGUGAUGGCCACUCCAAUACCUUGACUUUGUUGUCCUUAAGCCAUUUUGCCACAACUUUGGAAGUAUGCUUGGGGUCAUUGUCCAUUUGGAAGACCCAUUUGCGACCAAGCUUUAACUUCCUGACUGAUGUCUUGAGAUGUUACUUCAAUAUAUCCACAUAAUUUUCCUUCUUCAUGAUGCCAUCUAUUUUGUGAAGUGCACCAGUCCCUCCUGCAGCAAAGCACCCCCACAGCAUGAUGCUGCCACCCCUGUGCUUCACGGUUGGGAUGGUGUUCUUCAGCUUGCAAGCAACCCCCUUUUUCCUCCAAACAUAACAAUGGUCAUUAUGGCUAAACAGUGCUAUUUUUGUUUCAUCAGACCAGAGGACAUUUCUCGAAAAAGUACGACCUUUCUCCCCAUGUGCAGUUUCAAACUGUAUUCUGGCUUUUUUAUGGCGGUUUUGGAGCAGUGGCUUCUUCCUUGCUGAGCGGCCUUUCAGGUUAUGUCGAUAUAGGACUUGUUUUACUGUGGAUAUAGAUACUUUUGCACCUGUUUCCUCCAGCAUCUUCACAAGGUCCUUUGCUGUUGUUCUGGGAUUGAUUUGCACUUUUCGCACCAAAGUACGUUCAUCUCUAGGAGACAGAACGCGUCUCCUUCCUGAGUGGUAUGACGGCUGCAUGGUCCCAUGGUGUUUAUACUUGCGUACUAUUGUUUGUACAGAUGAACAUGGUACUUUCAGGCGUUUGGAAAUUGCUCCCAAGGAUGAACCAGACUUGUGGAGGUCUACACAUUUUUUUCUGAGGUCUUGGCUGAUUUCUUUUGAAUUUCCCAUGAUGUCAAGCAAAGAGGCACUGAGUUUGAAGGUAGGCCUUGAAAUACAUCCACAGGUACACCUCCAGUGUCACACCCUGGUGUUGGGACUCAUUAUUGUUUAUCCAGGGUGUGUGCAGUCUAUGUGUUUGUGUUCUAUGUUGGGUGUCUAGGUUGUUGUUUUUCUAGGUUUGUUCAAUGACUCCCAAUCGGAGGUAACGAGUGUCAGCUGUUCGGCUCGUUAUCUCUGAUUGGGAGCCAUAUUUAUUUCUGUAUGUUUUCCUGUGGGGUUGUGGGUUUUUGUUUCCGUUUCAGUCAGGUUGACUGUGGACUUUACUAGUCGUGUUUCUUGUUUUUCCGUGCUUUAACUAAAUAAAGUACCAUGUUCGUUUCACACGCUGCGCCUUGGUCAAUUCCUUCACACGACCGUGACAGAAAAACCCACCAGAGAAAGACCAAGCAGCGUGUCCAGGAGCAAGGUGACUGGACAUGGGAGGAGGCGCCGGGCAAAGAGAUGGAGAGGCUGGCGAUGGCCCAGGUGGGCACAUCGUGGUCCUGGGAGGACAUGCUCGGAGGCAAGGGACCUUGGGGAAGGAUCAAGGCCCUGGCGAGAGAGGAGCAUCGGCGGCAGCAGGUUCAUCGUCAGAGGGUCGUGUGUCAACCCCAGAAAUUUUUUAGGGGGGGGCACACGGCAUGGACGACGGGGCUGACGGAGGAGAAAAGGGGGAGUAUCCAGGAGGCCACCAGGCCAGGGGUACACCGCCCUGUACGUCCUGUGCUGAUGCCUCACACAGAGUGUGUGAAGGUAGGCAUUCAGCCAGGACGGGUGGUGUCCGCUGUUCGCUCCAGGCCUCCUAUCCGUCUCCACAGCCCGGUCCGGCCUGCUCCUGCCACCCGCACCAAGACUACGGUGCGCGUCGCCAGCCCGGUCCGGCCCGUUCCGGCCACCCGCACCAAGACUACGGUGCGCGUCGCCAGCCCGACCCGGCCUGCUCCUGCCACCCGCACCAAGACUACGGUGCGCGUCGCCAGCCCGGUCCGGCCUGUUCCGGCCACCCGCACCAAGACUACGGUGCGCGUCGCCAGCCCGACCCGGCCUGCUCCUGCCACCCGCACCAAGACUACGGUGCGCGUCGCCAGCCCGGUCCGGCCUGUUCCGGCCACCCGCACCAAGACUACGGUGCGCGUCGCCAACCCGACCCGGCCUGUUCCGGCCACCCGCACUAAGUCUACGGUGCGCCUCAGACGGCCAGAGUCUGCCGUCUGCCCAACGGGGCCUGAACUGUCCGUCUGCCCAACGGGGCCUGAACUGUCCGUCUGCCCAACGGGGCCUGAACUGUCCGUCUGCCCAACGCCGUCUGAACUGCCUGUCGGUCCAACGCCGUCUGAACUGUCCGUCUGCCCAACGCCGUCUGAACUGUCCGUCUGCCCAACGCCGUCUGAACUACCCGUCUGUACAGAGCCUACAAAGCCGCCCGUCUGCCAUGAGCCUUCAGAGCCGUCCGCCAGAUCGGAGCCGCUAGAGCUCUCCGCCAGACAGGAUCAGCCAGAGCCUUCCGCCAGACAGGAUCAGCCAGAGCCUUCCGCCAGACAGGAUAAGCCAGAGCCUUCCGCCAGACAGGAUCAGCCAGAGCCUUCUGUCAGACAGGAUCAGCCAGAGCCUUCCGCCAGACAGGAGCAGCCAGAGCCUUCCGUCAGACCGGAUCAGCCAGAGCCUUCCGCCAGACGGGAUCAGCCAGAGCCUUCCGCCUGCCAUGAGCAGCCAGAUCCGUCAGCCAGCCAUGAGCAGCAGGAUCCGCCAGAGCCAGCCAGCCAGGAUCCGCCAUUCAGUCCGGAGCUGCCCCUCAGUCCGGUGCUGCCACUUAGUCAGGUACUGUUCCUUAGCCUGGUGCUGGUCCUUAUCCCGGUGCUGGUCCUUAGCCCGGUGCUGCCCCUUAGCCCGGUACUGCCCCUUAGUCCGGUACUGCCCCUUAGUCCGGUACUGCCCCUUAGUCCGGUACUGCCCCUUAGUCAGGUGCUGCCCCUUAAACCGGUGGGGGUCAUUUGGAGGAGGCUACAUAAGCGGGAAGUGACUAUGGUGGGGUGGUGGUCUAGGCCGGAGCCAGAACCACCACCGUGGACAGACGCCCACCCAGACCCUCCCCGAGACUGUAUGCUGGUGCGCCCGGAGUGCGCGCCUUUAGGGGGGGGUACUGUCACACCCUGGUGUUGGGACUCAUUAUUGUUUAUCCAGGGUGUGUGCAGUCUAUGUGUUUGUGUUCUAUGUUGGGUGUCUAGGUUGUUGUUUUUCUAGGUUUGUUCAAUGACUCCCAAUCGGAGGUAACGAGUGUCAGCUGUUCGGCUCGUUAUCUCUGAUUGGGAGCCAUAUUUAUUUCUGUAUGUUUUCCUGUGGGGUUGUGGGUUUUUGUUUCCGUUUCAGUCAGGUUGACUGUGGACUUUACUAGUCGUGUUUCUUGUUUUUCCGUGCUUUAACUAAAUAAAGUACCAUGUUCGUUUCACACGCUGCGCCUUGGUCAAUUCCUUCACACGACCGUGACAUCCAGUUGACUCAAAUGAUGUCAAUUAGCCUAUCAGAAGCUUCUAAAGCCAUGACAUCAUUUUCUGGAAUUUUCCAAGCUGUUUAAAGGCACAGUCAACUUAGUGUAUGUAAACUUCUGACCCACUGGAAUUGUGAUACAGUGAAUUAUUAGUGAAGUAAUCUGUCUGUAAACAAUUGUUGGAAAAAUUACUUGUGUCAUGCACAAAGUAGAUGUCCUAACCGACUUGCCAAAACUAUAGUUUGUUAACAAGAAAUUUGUGGAGUGGUUGAAAAACGAGUUUUAAUGACUACAACCUAAGUGUAUGUAAACUUCCGAUUUCAACUGUAUAGAGCUAUAGGCUACAGAGAGAAUCCUGUGAAAUCUCAAGCUGCAUCUCCCUGCAGCACUGAAUGCAAGCUAACACUCUGAGGAGGUGUGAUCAAAGUGUGUCUCGUGAUCCAUUCAUUGAUUGCAUCCAUUCAUCUUACAUGAAGAAAAGGGUUAGGAUUUUAAGUAUUUAGCCAUUCAUUGUUUUGUAAAUUUGGUUCCACUGUCCCACCUAAAUGGCAUGUUGGUAAGAAGUUAUCAGAUUUAACUCUCCUGAAAUACUGUAUUCCUCUGUUAUUCUCUAUUGAUGUUGUCAGGAAUGGUAACACCACUGCUUGAGCUUUGUGCCCGUCCUUUGCCCUGAUUAUUUGAAGGGGUUGGUUAUGAGCUAACUAAUCCACCAUCAGGGAUUUGAGUCUAGGAUAAUCCCUAUCGCCUAAUUGUUUCCAUAAAGCUUUGUACAGGAAACAAAACAGGCUUUCAGCCCAAAUCCUUCCUUUCUGUUUCAAACGUACAUUAUACACACCUCACCCUUACCGAAAAACUGGCUUCUGGAAAACGGAUGUGGCAAAUCUUUGGCCGAUUUGAUGCAAAUUUGCAGCAAGCUCAUAUUUUGUUUUAUAGCAAAACGUAGCAAUUUUGCAGCGACUUGUGAAUUUCUGGCAAACGAUUCUGGGAAACUUGUGGUGAACAUUCUACUGUUUGCUGCAUAUUUGUUGCAAACUCAUUAUGAAUAUGCGAAUUAGAUCAAUUUAUCCGUUACUUUGUGUAUUAACAACAUUGAAAUGUAUUUUCUACAUAAACCAAAUCACAUUGCGUCACGACAGGAUUUGGUUAGAACUGAACUGAUCUCCAAACGUGGUGCUACUGUAUGAAGAAUCAUUUAGGUAUUUGUUUUUGUUGCAUUCCUAUGGGAGAAGGUUCAAGCUAAUGUUUUCUGGUAACUGUAAAUAAGUAGUUACACAGGCUCUGCUUACAUGCACAUCACAUGAAAACCGCAAGCUAUCAUGCUCUAAAGAUAGUCUCUGACCAAUGCCCAACUGUCUUCUUGAGAGAGACAAAUGCCCAGGGUGUUUGGUGCUGCAGUCACAUCUUGGCUGGAUCUCUCAAGUUUCACUGAUGUGCCCUGGGGAUGUAAAGUUAGAUUAGAUCCACCACACAGGGGGGCAGGUCGCCUUUUUCCCCCACAGAAGACCUCUCUAAAGCUGGGGAAAAGAUGCAGAAGGGGUGAGGGACAGCUGGACGGAAAGGGAGAAAGUCCCUCUUUGAACUAUAUUUUAAUUCCUGCAGGUUCACCUGUGAGGAGCAUACAGUACGGCUACAGACAGACCAUGAAUUGUCAGCCUCAGCCUUGCUCAGUGAGGUCGCCAGGUGUUAAUACUAUCCAGCUUACUGCAGUGCUGAGGCAGAAAUUCAAUCUACUUUUCAAAGCUUGUGCCACUGCCACAAGCUCUCCAUUUCCCUCUGCGUAACUGUCCCCCUUUUAUAAGAACCUCUUUCACACCUUAUAAUGAGGAAUAAAGAUGUGAAUCACACACUCGUUCGUUCAGCUCCAGUAGUUCUCUGGGCUCCGCAGGGCGCCCUCCUCUUCUCCAGAGGGAAGGAGAGAAAGAGGCGCAGGAGGACAGCUAAUUACACAGGGUGAUUUGGGAGCACUGUGUGUUGCACUCAACUAAACACUAAACAGUAACACUGCAUCUAAAUAACAAAAUCACUAGUGUUUUCAUCAAAUGUACAUUGUUCUAUUAAUGAUCAAUGAAGUGUUAUUACAUUUCUAUAUGUGGUGUGGUAGGCUACACUUUGAGAAGAUGGCUGAUCCCAAGUAACUAGGAGGGCCCUUUCUCAGUUAGCACUCAUUCUCUCAUUGCUCUCUAUGCUGUGGAGAGAGAGAGAUAAAGAGAGGGAGAGAAGAAAGGAAUCACCCCGUAUUCCUUCCCUGACCCAGCAGAAUUCUGUUCCGUUCCAGGCUCUCGGCAAUGGAGAUAGGGCUUGCGGGGCAAUUGUUUGAGGGAUUACUGAGAAAUAAGACCCAAUGCCACUGACUGCUGAAUAUUCCCCUCAUCUUUCUGCUUUUCAUUUCACUUGCACAGCUUUGAUGUGAUGCUUUUAAAAUGAGGCUGUGUGCGGCAGGUAGCCUAGUGGUUAAGAGCGCUGGGCAAGUAACCGAAAGGCCGCUGGUUCACAUCCCCGAGCCGACUAGGUGAAAAAUCUGUUGAUGUGCCCUUGAGCAAGGCACUCAACCCUAAUUGCUGCUCUAAGUCUCUCUGGAUAAGGGUGUCUACUAAGAGAGCUUAGCCAUAUCUGUUUGGGGUAGAGGGCUGACGAGCCCUAUCUGUUGGGGGUAAAGGGCUGAUGAGCCCUAUCUGUUGGGGGUAAAGGGCUGAUGAGCCCUAUCUGUUGGGGGUAGAGGGCCGAUGAGCCCUACCUGUUGGGGGUAGAGGGCUGAUGAGCCCUAUCUGUUGGGGGUAGAGGGCUGAUGUGCCCUAUCUGUUGGGGGUAGAGGGCUGAUGAGCCCUAUCUGUUGGGGGUAGAGGGCUGAUGUGCCCUAUCUGUUGGGGGUAGAGGGCUGAUGAGCCCUAUCUGUUGGGGGUAGAGGGCUGAUGAGCCCUAUCUGUUGGGGGUAGAGGGCUGAUGAGCCAACCUGUUCGGGGUAGAGGGCCGAUGAAGGACAAACCUAAUCUUAUUUUCAUCUCACCUUGAUGGGUUUGGGUUUCUCUUUUCCUCUCCACCCCCCACACAAAAUAUACACAUUUGCUAUCUCUCACUCUCUCUUUCUCUUUGCCUGUCAGCCCUUUGAUCCAGUGGCUGUAUUGUUCUCUGUUGAGUCAGAUACCACAGAAACCUGAUUGAUAGGACCAGUGUGUGUGUGUGUGUGUGUGUGUGUGUGUGUGUGUGUGUGUGUGUGUGCCAUUGACUCAUCAGAGAAAUAGACCAAAACAUUAUUACCUAGAAAGCCUAACAUCCUGGAAAGGAAAUGUCUUGACUCUUGAUCUAUCACCUCAGGCUUUCCAAGUAGAACGUAGUAGAGUUGUGUGACUGAGCCAGAGGGCUAAACUGUUUGUCUUGAGCCUGAGACCAGACUCUUCAGAUAAGCUAAUUCCAGCUCUGUUGAGAGAAACAACCCAGAGGAAAUUACAUGGCUUUAUGUCUACUGUGCCCCCUGGGCCUCCUUCCUGUACACACACACACACACACACACACACACACACACACACACACACACACACACACACACACACACACACACACACACACACACACACACACACACACACCACACACACAUGCAGUACAUGUGUUUUUCUGGUUCUGAGUCAAUGACUGUACAGUAAAAAGGAAGCCAAACAUUUUAUGAGCCAAAUUCCAAGGCAUGUCAGAGGAAGCACAGCACCAGUCAUAGUCAUUACAGCUGUUUUACAGAGUUUCUCAAUAUUGCCACAUGUUUAUGUUUCCACCACCAAGAUAAACUCUAACAGUCUUUAUUUGUCAACUUACAGCACCCUGUGCCAUCGGUCCCCAACUUCAAGCCCUCCAUGUCUGUCCCUGAUUGGCUGCUGGCCAUCCAGAACUACAUGAAGACACUGCAGUAUCCUUUCCCUGCCGAGCCCGUAACCUGCCACCACCCCUCCCUUCCCCUCCUCUCUCAUCCCCUGUUCACAGAACACACUGAGAAGAGCAGCCUGGCCUCAGAGCCAAGACGUAUGAUACCUACUAAUGGUCUAGUUACUUUAGACAGAAACAAAAGUAGGGAGGUUGGUCGGGGAGGAUGGGUAGGUGUAAUCCGUGACCUUCUAGCAAUCCAAAGGUUGCGUGUUCGAUUAGCGUCGGGGACAACUGUAGCAUUUUAGCUAACCCUUCCCCAAACCCUUGUUCUAACCUUAACCCAAUUCACCUAACCUGCUACGUAAAUUCACCUAACCUUUGUCGCUUUAGUUCGCCUAACCACCAACGUAAAUUCUCCCCAUAAUUCUCCUCUGUUGUUAUGACGCAACAAGCAACCUGGUCUCAGAGAAAGACAUAUAAAACUAUACGCCCUCCAGGAUGUAUGAUAAGUUAAACCAUCCAAUUCGUAUGUUAUUGUACGACCGGAUAAGGUGUAUGAAACUAUACGUCCUCUAAUUUGUAUGAUAUUGUACGACCGCUAGACCAUUCAUAAUUUAACAUAACGUAACAUAUCAUACUAAAUGGAGUGUCACAGAUUUACAUACAGAAUAAUAAGAAUUGCCCUGAGACCACGUUGAGAAGAGAGAAGCCACAGUACCUGUUAGCACACAGUGUCCUCCUAUAGCUCAUUACAGAUGAAUGUGCACCGCUGCUCUUUUCACACUGUUUUAAUUCACUCUGGAGCCCUGGGAGUUGUACUGUAUGUAUGCAGUGUGUUAGCUAGCUAACACUUUCAAGGUUUUCAGGUGGGCUUAAUUUUUUGUGAUUGUAGCCAGGGGAGUGCAGGUGCACCAACUGCCAUAGCAACAGGUGCUCCCUGGGUCUGUAAACAAUGUCACAGUACCUUUAAUGCCCAUAAUAAAUAUGAUCCAUGAUGCACCACUGUGGGGUCAAGAAGCGGUCAGCGCUUUACAAAAAACGACCAGUUGCCCCUCUUAAUAAAAAACCUCCCAACAACUGUCAAUUAACUGUCAACUUCACUUUGUUCACUAGAGUAGACACAUUCAGGUGGAGAGUGGACAUAGUCUUCAAAUUAAUUUGAGUUAACUUGACACACAACAGUGAGGAAAUACAUAAAUGAAUUAGGUCUUCAAGGUACAGUUACAUUUCUCUCAAACAUUCAUAAACCCGUAGCCUACAUUACAUGAACCUGAUCUCAGAAACGUCCACCAUUUCCCUCUCAUCCACACUUAUAUAUUCUUCCAGACCCCUAUGAAUGCCACUUAGGGAGCGGUCGAAAUGUACACAAUUGUUACCCAGAGGAAAAUGGGGGAGGGUCAUGCUUUUUCAAUUUCAGUCAGGGGGAAGGUUUAGUAUGUUUUAAUUAAGUCCAGGGGAGGGUCAUGUAAUUUGUAAUCGAUUAAAUGUCAUAUUGCUCAGUGUUUGAGAAUGAGUUGCUUAUUAUAGUAUCUCGAUGUGUGCCCGAUGAUGCCCCUUAUCCCUGAUUCUCUGCUGGGCACGCAAUAUCAAGUGCGUCUAGUGUGAUCUCAAUAAAAUGAUCCAUAGCCUAGGCUAUAUGAAGAGCAUGCUCGAAGAAGCACAGGGCAAAGUAAUAUUUGAAGAAAAUGUACUUCCUUCCUGAGUUUUUGCGCUGCUGGGAUGGUGUAUUUAAAACUAGGCUACACUGCAUUACACACUGCAAUGGAUAGGCUAUCCCAAUCAUGAGCCCUGGCCUGCCCUGCUCUUGCUGAUGUAAACCCUUUUGUACUGCCUAACCAAUGACUGUGCUGUGUACGGUGGCAGUUCAGGAGGCGAGUCAAAGGCGUCUUCAGAUUAUAUAGAGUACCAGUCAAAAGUUUGGACGCACCUACUCAUUGAGAUUCUUCAAAUAGCCACCCUUUGCCUUGAUGACAGCUUUGCACACUCUUGGCAUUCUCUCAACCAGCUUCACCUGGAAUGCUUUUCCAAAAGUCUUGAAGAAGUUCCCACAGAUGCUGAGCACUUGUUGGCUGCUUUUCCUUCACUCUGUGGUCAACUCAUCCCAAACCAUCUCAAUUGGGUUGAGGUUGGAUGAUUGUGGAGGCCAGGUCAUCUGGUUUGUCUCUAUGACAUCCAGAGGCUGCACUACAACCUUCUAUAGCCCAGGAGACAAAACAUGGACUGCUUGAGAAGUAAUGUGUGAUUCUGUCACUAUCAAUUGACGUUUGACAUUUCAACAGGCUAUUAAACAACAUACUAACUCUAAAUCAGUCAGGAGCAAGCCAGGUAGCCUAAGAAGGAACACAAAUGAAUUAUUUAGGCUAUAUUAUUAUUAUUUCAAGGCUAUAGCCUGCCAUAUAAGAAAUCAAUUGUGAAGAAUUUGUGACACGCUACAGGCUGGCAGGAGCUCUCAGCAUUUCAACAACACUUCAAUAACAUGCCUAUACAUUUACAUUUUAGUCAUUUAGCAGACGCUCUUAUCCAGAGCGACUUACAGGAGCAAUUAGGGUUAAGUGCCUUGCUCAAGGGCACAUCGACAGAUUUUUCACCUAUACAUUUUGCAUUUAGGCUGUAUUGAAUUGCAUUUAUAUAUAUUACUUAGAAUUAAAUAAUAAUGAAACGAAAAAUGCCUUAUUAGGCUAUACAGUCAUUUAGAAACACGAGUUUGGCCAGUCUUUGGUUUGAGGAUCAAAUCAAAUGAAAUCAAACUUGGCUGUCCUAGGAGUGAGGGUAAAUGGUAGGCAUGUUCUCUGCUAUCCACUUUAUGUUUAAAUUAUUAUUUUGGGUACAAUGGAGAGUCACUUGUUUUCUUUCAAGUGUUCAGGGAGGGUCGGGUAAAAAUAUAUUUUACUGAAGGGAGGGCAAUCCAUUUUCAUUUCAGAGAGGUUCUCCAGUUAUCCCUCAUCAUAAAUAACGUACAUUCCCUUAACUGUCUGUCAGAUACAAUCACACAGGAACUCAGUUCUUUGAGAUAAGGAAAACCAGACCAUUGUGUGGGUAAGUGAGGCUGUGAGGCCAUUUCUGUGGUAUUUUCAUUGGCUUUUCUUUGGCUGCCGCUACUUUACAGAGCCAGGAGAGAGGUCCCACUACUCUGUGAAUCCACAUUUGUCUGUAGAAGAAUAUAGGCCAGUUCAGAUGUUCAAAAUAGCCAUCCUCUGCCUCUGUCUGUGUCCUUCACCCUGAGUACACAUGCUAGGUGCAUGUACUGCAAAAACAGCCAGGACAUUUAACGUUUUAUAGAAAAUAAGUAAAAGGGGUCAUUGUAUUUAGAAGAUGGUGUUUUCAUUAAUGUGCUUGGCUUGUACUUGACACAAUCAAACAGGGGUUUGUUGUAAUCCUGUUUGGUGAGAUAAUACCAUUGUGUCAUCUUCUGCAUAAAGCACCAAAGAGGACAUUGUAUGAAACAAUAAUAUUCUCUACAAUCAUCUCUGUUCCCUUUCAGGUUGAUGGAGACUGCGAGAGAAAUGAUCAGGGAAUCUCUUCCAAUCAAAUGCCUUGAAGCUGUCAUCCUUGGAAUGUAUCCUUUCAUCGUCUGUAGGCAC